AUGUCGCAGCAAUCAAUUAUUGCAACGGCCUCUGUCGCCGCAGUAGCGACGGGUCUUGUUGCCUACGCAAUCUACUUCGACCACCGCAGACGCACGCAGCCCGAGUUCCGUCGCGAUCUCCGGAGAAACGAGCGGCGGCAGGCCCGUGCCGAGAAGGAGCUCGCCCAGCAGGAGACCGUCAAGCAGCGCGAGGUGAUCAAGCUGGCUGUUGGGAUGGCCAAGGCUGAAGGCUUCCCGACAAGUGUGGAGGAGAAGGAGGCGUUCUUCCUGGACCAGGUGUCCAAGGGCGAGGCCCUGGGCAGCGAUCCUUCGCAAGCCGUUGAGUCAGCCCUCCACUUCUACAAGGCACUCAAAGUGUACCCGACGCCCGGCGACCUGAUUCGCAUCUACGACCAGACAGUGUCCAAGCCCAUCCUCGACGUCCUUGCCGAGAUGAUUGCCGUUGACUCCGAACUGAACAUCCGCGACAUGGCGCCGGCGAACCCGGCGGACCUUUUCCCCCCGACCGUCGGCCUCGAUUAA